CAACGAGUGUACGUUUUUAUCCUGAAAAACUCCAACACUCCAACAGUUGCUGUACGUAAAGUUCCGCCAUCUUGUGAAGAUAUGUUUUUCUUCAAAUGUUUGUUAUAUUUAAUCUAACUCGAAGAUAGUAACAUCAUUUUAUAAAACUACGAUAUCUAAUUGAACAUAUAACUAUCGACGACUCGGUUUCAUUUCUUGUAAUUUCGUAUACCGUGUCUUUGUAUUUCUUUCUUUUGCCGGCUGUAACGUGUAAUUCUAAUUGUGGAAAUUGUCCAAUAAUCUAUCACAAUGGGUAACAUGUUCGCAAAUUUAUUCAAAGGCCUUUUUGGCAAGAAAGAAAUGAGAAUAUUGAUGGUUGGCUUGGAUGCCGCCGGUAAAACUACUAUUUUAUACAAAUUAAAGUUAGGUGAAAUCGUAACGACAAUUCCUACAAUCGGUUUUAACGUCGAAACCGUUGAAUACAAAAACAUUAGCUUUACUGUCUGGGAUGUCGGUGGUCAAGACAAAAUCCGGCCUUUAUGGAGACAUUAUUUCCAAAAUACACAGGGUUUAAUAUUUGUAGUAGACAGUAACGAUAGAGAAAGAAUCGGCGAAGCAAGAGAAGAAUUGAUGAGAAUGUUAGCCGAAGAUGAACUGAGAGAUGCUGUGCUUUUAAUAUUCGCCAACAAACAGGACUUACCAAACGCUAUGAAUGCCGCCGAAAUUACUGACAAAUUGGGUCUUCAUUCGUUACGUAAUCGAAAUUGGUAUAUUCAAGCUACUUGCGCUACUAGUGGAGAUGGUCUUUACGAAGGAUUGGACUGGCUCUCUAAUCAGUUGAAAAAUGCCAACCGCUAGUGACGAAUGUUCGCGUUCCGCUGUAUGAAUUUUCCUCAAUUGUUGUUCUAUAGUAUAAAUAAUUUCUCUUCUUUUCCCCCAUUUAAAAAAAUUACGAAAAAUGAUGAAAAAUACGUCAUUUUGUAAGAUCAUUUAUGAAAUGAUUUCUCCGAAGUUGACUAAUUUUAAGAUUUCUCGAAUGGAAAAUGAAGAAAAAAUUCUUACGACAUUAUCUUACGGUGUCCUUUUAUCAGCCUCUAUCUUUUCGUGUAAAAUUAUAAUGCUUUCAUUUUUAUUGCGAAACGUUCUUAUAUACGAGUUAUUUUAGCGAAAUCACAAUUUUAUUCUGUGUAAACUUGUUUUUUUUUUAUCUGAUAAAUUACUUAAAAAUAAAAAAUUGUUUAUUUUUAAUUUGUAAGCAGUAUGGUCACAGUUCAUGUGUGAGUAUUCGUUGAAUGGUUAAUUUGUAAGCUUCUUAAGUUAUAAAUACAAUUUUUUAUUGCUAAA